UUCACUGCGUGUUCUAUUUGCUUUCGCCUUUUACGCUGCUUGGCCUUUUCGGUGUGUAGUUUUAUUCUCUUAGAUUUAGAUUCUUUGGAACGCAGAAGUGCUUUCAUUGUACUAUCUUAUUCAUUGUUAUUAUUAUUAUCAUUAGGAAGACAUUAAGUUUUCCGUUGUCAAACAGCGCCUUUGAACGAAAAAGCACUUCUUUGACUCGCAAGGUUUUUCUUGGUUUCCUUUUUUUUUCGGUAUUGGUCUGUUCUUCAGUGUAUAGAAAGGUUUCAUGGAAGCUCAACAACCUGUAACUUAUCAAACUUUUGGCCCCAAAAACGGCUCUUCCACGUCUGCAAAUGUGGUGACUUCAGGUGAGUGCACGGGUAAGAUUGGCAGCUGUCAAUGCAGUCGUGAUGCUGGUUUGUCAGAGACGUUUGCCGAAAAGGUUAACGUAUCGGACAUUUCCAUUCAGUCCAGUAUAUGUUCGCUCGAGAAAAACGAGAGCUUCCGCUCGUUGCAGCUUGACUUGAGCUUGCUUAACGAUAAUGUGAAGCUCGCUGGUAUUCCAAAGGUAGCACCGUCUCGUGUAUCUUUCGUCGACGUUGAUGCGAAGACAACGCCUUUGGAUCGGGAACGUGCAAUUACUCAUCCUCCCCCGUACGUUAAACCACAUCCUCCAUUUGCUAUUUACUCCGCACCCGUUGUUUCCGUCCGCGAGCUUACAAAGCCUGGUGCUUUGAAACGUGUGUUUCAUUUUGAAAUAGAUGUGAGUGACUACCCUCUUCCACCCAACGAACUAUGGAUGGUAGGAGGUUCGUUUGGCUUAAUGGCACCAAAUUCGAACACCAACGUUGACCGACUCAUUCAAUUGCUUCAUAGCACGACGGACAUGGAUGCUCCUGUUAUAAUGAAGACUACCUCUGGUCGUUGGCCCACCAUAUGGGAGGAAGACAUGGCUCGCGAACUAUUAGUGACGAGACGUGAACUGUUGACGUGGGCAUCCGAUUUUAUGUCCAUAGCUCCAAAAAAGCAAUUGCUGUGCUUAAUGGCACAACAUGCCCAAGACGAGAGCGAAAAGCGGGUGCUGAGGUUUUUGUGUAGCCGUUUGGGUCAACGCGCGUUCUGUCAUUUACGGGGCGAUUUAAACGUUAGCUUAAUCGAUCUAUUAGAGGCUUUCCCCAGUGUCCGGCUUCCCUUGGAUCACUUGCUCUCUGUUCUUCCACAGCUCAUGCCGCGCUGGUAUUCACUGUCUAACGAUCCGGCCUCAAGCAAUGGAAUACUAGAAUUUGCCGUCACUAUCGUUGAAAUUGAAAAACCCGACCAUUCUCUUCGCAAUGGCGUUGCUACCGGCUAUCUCAAAUCCAUUGCUGAGAAGUUUCUGGCGGGCGAGCGCGAUUUGUGCCUUCCUAUGUUUCGCGGGCUUCACCGGAAUCCCUUUGCGACUCAAUUUACGUCUGAUGGCCCAAUGUGUCUUAUUGGUGCCGGUGUAGGCGUAGCGCCGUUCCGUGGAUUUAUUCAACGACGACUGAUGAACGCGACUUGCGCGGGCAAGGUCUGGGUGUUCCAUGGAUGUCGCAACCAAGAGUUGGAUGAACUUUACCAAGGUGAGUGGGACAAGCCUUCGUCUCGAAGCGGCUCCUGUUCUCCUGCGUCCGCUGCCCGGCCACCAGAGCUUGAAACAGAGACGGAAGAAGAUGUGGUAAAGCUGGAGAAUACGAAAGAUGACGGACCAAAUCAUUUGGUUGUAGAGUCACGUUCAAAGUCACAUGCGUAUGUUCAAGACGAGCUACGCAGGAAAAGUGAUAUUGUUUGGAGUGUCCUGAGUCACCCUAAUGGCCGUAUAUAUCUUUGCGGAGCUAAGCAGGGUUUCUUGAAGGGCGUUGAGGAUGCUUUAAUAGAUAUCUGCAUGAAACAUGGAGGCAUGACAAAGUCCGAAGCGGCUUGUCAGCUUGUUGCAUGGCAAAAUCCGCUUUCUCUCAAAUUUGUCAAGGAAAUUUGGUAAUGCAUUCUUACACUAUUCAUUAGUUUGUAUGACAAAAAGGAUUUUUACCGAUUUUUCGCCCAUUUCUUGAAAUUCUAUGGCCACCUUUCUUUCUUUGCAAUUGUUUAUUAUCUCUCUUUAGUAUCGAUGAACUUGAUGGUUCGUACUACUUGCUUUGCGAAACGGAGGCUAAAGAAUUUUAUCAACCCUUUUCAAUCCUAUAGUUGAUUUUUGGGAAGUGUUGCAUUAUGGCUUUCCGCCGUCUUUGUUUUUUCCAUUAAUCCUUCUGAUUUUGUACAGUACGUUUUAGAAUUCUCUUCGACAUUGUUAUAUACCUAAAUACUUGUUCAAGUUCAUCACUACGUUGUAAGAAUAAAUUGAAUUGAACCUUUUUCAUCUUAGUUUUGUUUAAUCAUCCGAGAUAAAUUUAAAACAUUAAAGGUUCCGCAUUUUUAUCCUCAAAUAAUAAAUAUCUUUGAUAUGAUAACGUAUUGUCUACUAAACUAAUGUAACUCAU